CCCCACCUCUGCGGCUGAUCUGAAGAAGCCAUUCCUCUGCUUGUCCUUCCAGGAGCUCUUGAGGCAGCUGGUCCCUUUCCAGUCCCUCUUGGUGAGGGAAGGAGGCUGGUAGUUUCACUAGCAGCUGCAGAGCCCAUGGACCUCCCGGAAGGCCGGGCGGGCGGCCCUGCUGCAGAAACUUACCUCUGGGAGCAGCCUGACGAGGCAAACCUGGGGCCGCUGCUCAGCUUGGAGGAGCAAAUACUCAACUCCACGUUUGAAGCUUGUGACCCUCAGAGGACAGGCACUGUGGCUGUGACCCAUGUGCUGGCCUACCUGGAGACUGUGACAGGCCGGGGCCCCCAGGAUACCCGCCUCCAAACAUUGGCCCACAGCCUGGACCCCAACAGGGAGGGCCCUCAGGCCAGGGUGGACUUAAACACCUUCCUGGUCGUCAUGCGGGACUGGAUCGCUGCCUGUCAACUGCGUGGGGGAUUAGAGCUGGAAGAGGAGACCGCCUUGGAGGGAGCCCUGACCUCCCAGCAGCUGCCAUCUGGAUGCCCAGAAGCUGAGGAGCCAGCAAACCUGGAGAGCUUCGGAGGCGAAGACCCCAGACCCGAGCUGCCUGCCACAGCUGACCUGCUGAACAGCCUAGAGGACCUGGAGCUCAGCAACCGACGUCUGGCCGGGGAGAAUGCCAAACUCCAGCGGAGCGUAGAGACAGCAGAGGAGAGUUCUGCACGCCUUGGGGAGGAGAUAUUGGCCCUGCGCAAGCAGCUUCGCAGCACCCAGCAGGCUCUACAGUUUGCCAAGGCUGUGGAUGAGGAGCUGGAGGACCUGAAGACUCUGGCCAAGAGCCUGGAGGAACAGAAUCGCAGCCUUCUGGCCCAGGCCCGGCAGACAGAAAAAGAGCAGCAGCAUCUGGUGGCCGAAAUGGAGACUCUGCAGGAGGAGAAUGGGAAGCUGCUGUCCGAGCGAGAUGGAGUGAAGAGGAGGAGUGAGGAGCUGGCCACGGAGAAGGAUGCUUUGAAGCGGCAGCUCUUUGAGUGUGAACGCCUCAUUUGCCAACGAGAUGCCAUCCUUUCUGAGCGCACUCGCCGUGCAGAGAGCCUGGCCAAGACCUUGGAGGAGUACAGAAUAACAACUCAGGAACUGAGGCUGGAGAUCUCACGCCUAGAAGAGCGGCUGAGUCAGACCCGUGAGGGGCCGGAUGAGCUACCAGAAGAGGCCCAGGGAAGAAGAGUGGGCUGGACCAAUCUGCUGCCCCCGUCGCUGGGCUUGGAGAUCGAGGCCAUUCGGCAGAAACAAGAAGUGGCAGCUGCUGAUCUCUCCAGCCCUCUGUGUGGAGUGUGGCAGUGGGAGGAAGUCAUCAAUGAGACUGAUGAGGAGGCUGAGUUUCUACCUGAAGCCCCAGCUGGAGAACAGAGAAACUUCCAUGGAGAGCUGGCAUGCCUUAGAGAAGGAAGGAAGGAACCACUGAUGUGGUUACCCGGAAGAGAGGAGGAGGAGGAAGCAGACACCCAGACAGCAGACAGCCAGGUCACGGCUGAUCCCUCCAUCCCUCUGGGAGACCCUCAUCCUGUGGACAUUUCAGGAAGCCCUCCUGAGAGCAGCCCCACCCAGCCAGAACUCCAGCUCGCUCUGGUGCCUGUGAUGAAAGAGCUGGUCCCAGUCCAGAGGAGGCCCUGGGGCCAGGUCUGCCUGCCCCCACAGCGGCUCAGGGUCCCUCGGCACCCACUGCUCCCAGCCCGGGUCCUGGGCCUGCUGCUGCUGCUGCUACUCUCUGUCCUGCUGCUGGGCCAGUCCCCACCCCCCAACUGGCCACACCUCCAGCUCUACUACCUCCAGCCCCCACCAGUGUGAGGCGCUCCCGUUCCCACCCAGAGCAUUGUCUAGCUCAAUAAAUCCCCAGGGGCUCUUUCUUCUGUUAGCCCCAUUGUUAUGCUGCUGUUGCUUCGGCUUACCCCCUACGGGACAUGAGGAUCCGC